AUUCAUCUCCCCGUUUCUGUCGCUAAUCUCUCCCCUCCGCGCUCGUUCACUUUGCUCCCCGUGCAGAAACAGGCCCUUCCCUUUGAACGAUCGCUGCCAGUCGCGCUGGUAAUGGAUGCCUUUUUUUUGGCUCAUAUUCAAUUUCCUUUAACCUUUGUUUACACACUCUUCAUAUUACCAGUGAUACUGUCUCUCAGCUCUUUUCACAUCUUUACUGUGCAUCUCACCCCCACACGCUCUCUCUCUCUCUCUCUCUCUCUCUCUCUCUCUGUACUAGAGGUUCUGUACUAGGGCUGGUUACUAUGACACUGCCUGGGUCCUUUGGCUACGCCAGCCAAUGGGAGAGCAGGGAUGGAAUCAGCUGGUUGGGUGCUAUUUUGAACAGGAGCUGUGAAGUGAAGCAAGCAGCUAAACUAGCGACAGAUCCCAUUGACAGAGAGAGAACAAGAGAGAGAGACAAAGCGAGAGAGAGAGAGAUACAGAGACAGAGAGAGAGAGAGAGCCAGAAGGAGAGAGAGAGAGAGACAGAGACGGAGAGAGAGAGAGCCAGAAGGAGAAAGAGAAAGAGAAAGAGAGAGAGAGAGACCUCUCUGCCAGGUUGGCCUCCUCCCAGUUCGGCUCUCUCCUGUUGUUCUCGUGGUUGCUCAGCCCGGUGCAGGUGAAGCAUCCUCUCGCGCUCUGCAGUCCCUCACGCCGCCUCCUCCCCCCCCCCCCCCGUUGGUCGGGCGCGCUCGUCCGCGCGUUUCAUAAAACGAUCGAUCUCCUCCCUCCGCUCGCGCAUCGCGGCCAGACCGAGGCGCGCUUUCUCUUCUCCGCUUCGGUCGCUGCGCUGCGCUCCGAACCUGCGGGGAGCGGCUCUGUAGCGGCGGCCGGGCUCCUUCCCGCCGCUCCUGCGCCCGCUCCGAGGGCUCUCCGCGCGGACCGCGCCCGCCGCCGCCGCCGCCCGUGCGGGGAUGUACCUGUACGGGUUAGAUGACUCAGAGCCGGGCUCUGCAGACUCCUACACCAGCCGGCCGUCUGACUCAGACGUGUCCCUGGAGGAAGACCACGAGGCGCUGAGGAAGGAGGCGGACAGACAGGCCCUCGCCACGCUCGAGAAGGCCAAGACCAAGCCAGUGGCCUUCGCUGUGAGGACUAACGUGGGCUACAACUCGGGCCCCAGCGAUGACGUCCCGGUGCAGGGCAUGGCCAUCUCCUUCGAGGCCAAAGACUUCCUGCACAUCAAAGAGAAGUACAAUAACGACUGGUGGAUCGGGCGCCUGGUGAAGGAGGGCUGUGAGGUGGGCUUCAUCCCCAGCCCCGUGAAGCUGGAGAACACUCGCCUGCAGCAGGAGCAGAGGAUGAGACAGAGCCGGCUCAGCUCCAGUAAAUCAGGAGGAAACUCCAGCUCCAGCCUGGGGGACGUUGCCACGGGAACACGUAGACCCACCCCACCUGGCACAGCUCCUAUGGAGAUGUCCACAGUGGCUUUUGACCUUGACCCCCUCGACCUGGAGGCGGAGGAGGCCGCAGAGCCCCCGGCAGACCCCCACUCCCCCAGGGCCAGCGCGGGCAGCGUCACGUCCCCCCAGGCUAACGCUCACCGCCUCCCUUUCUUUAAGAAGAUGGAGCAUGUCCCCCCCUACGACGUGGUGCCUUCCAUGAGACCCAUCAUCCUGGUGGGGCCUUCACUCAAGGGCUAUGAGGUCACUGACAUGAUGCAGAAGGCACUCUUCGAUUUUCUCAAACACAAAUUCGAGGGCAGGAUAUCCAUCACGCGGGUGACGGCGGACAUCUCCCUGGCCAAGCGCUCCGUCCUCAACAACCCCAGCAAGCACACCAUCAUCGAGCGCUCCAGCACCCGAUCCAGCCUGGCCGAGGUGCAGAGCGAGAUCGAGCGCAUCUUCGAGCUGGCGCGCACCCUGCAGCUGGUGGCCCUGGACGCCGACACCAUCAAUCACCCGUCCCAGCUGACGAAAACCUCGCUGGCCCCCAUCAUCGUCUACAUCAAGAUCGCCUCCCCCAAGGUUCUCCAGAGGCUCAUCAAGUCUCGGGGAAAGUCUCAGGCCAAGCACCUCAAUGUCCAGAUGGUGGCUGCUGAUAAACUGGCCCAGUGCCCCCCGGAGCUCUUUGACAUCAUACUGGAUGAGAACCAGCUGGAGGACGCCUGCGAGCACCUGGCCGACUACCUGGAGGCCUACUGGAAAGCCACCCACCCGCCCAGCAGCAACCCCCCCAACCCGCUGCUCAACCGCACCAUGGCGACGGCCGCCCUGGCCGCCUCCCCCGAGCCCGUCUCCAACCUGCAGGGGCCGUACCUGGCGCACGGGGAGCAGAAGCGGGACGGGCCGCUGUCGGAGCGCACCGGGCUCCAGGACUACCAGAGCGACCUGGACGGGAAGCAGCAGCAGCAGCAGCAGCUACAGCAGCAGCAGCAGCAGCAGCAGGUCUACCUGCGAGCCUCGAGGGGCGGGUCCCGCGGGGGGCGGGGCCUCUCCCGCCAGGACACCUUCGACUCGGAGACGCAGGGCAGCCGGGACUCGGCCUACACGGAGGCGGGCGACUCCUGCAUGGACAUCGAGACGGACCCCUACGAGGAGCCCGAGCCCUACCGCGGCGGGGGCAGCCGCCUGCACCUGAGCCACGCCCAUGGGCGCCAGGCGUCCUGGGAGGACGAGGGGGCGGAGCCGGACCAGGAGAACCUCAACCGCCCGCCCACGCAGGAGCAGCACGCCCGGACCAGGCAGAGAGAGAGGUACUGCCCGGACCCCGGCGACACUAGCUCCGCCCUGGGCCGCAACAAGAACCAGGAGGACUGGGGGAACGUCUACAUCCGCUGAACGCGCCAUCGGCUGAGAGGCUAACUGACAGACAAAGAGUGUGUGUGAGUGUAUGUGUAUGUGUGUGUGUGUGUGUGUCUGGGUUGGUGAAGUUUAGUUUACGGUGGAAGUGUGGCUUAAAGAGAAAAAAAAAACAAUUUCAACAGUUACACAAUUAGACUAAAAUUUAAUGUCAGUAUCCAUUCUUUUAUAAACACACAGAACUACUGCCAGACACCAAUGCUAUUAAGAUAUUUGAUGGAUUGAUAUAGUCCAUUUUAGAGACAUCUGAAAGCAUUGAGUCACAAGUCUUUUAGCGCUGCUUGAGUCCUUUCCCUGGCACAGAGGCCCAUGGCAGGUAGUCACUUCGGCAGCAUUAGCACCUGCAGUUCCUGCUUUAUUAGCAUUAGCACCCCCACUGCUGCAGUUCCUGCUUUAUUAGCAUUAGCACCCCCACUGCUGCAGUUCCUGCUUUAUUAGCAUUAGCACCCCCACUGCUGCAGUUCCUGCUUUAUUAGCAUUAGCACCCCUACUGCUGCAGUUCCUGCUUUAUUAGCAUUAGCACCCCCACUGCUGCAGUUCCUGCUUUAUUAGCAUUAGCACCCCACUGCUGCAGUUCCUGCUUUAUUAGCAUUAGCACCCACUGCUGCAGUUC